AUGUCGGCGUGCUCCCGGCGCCUCCUCCCGCUCCUGCUGGCCCUCUGCGCCGCCCCGGAGCUCACUGCCGCCGCUGCCGCCGCUGCCGCGGCCCGCCCGCUGCUCGUGUUCCUCAUCGACGGGUUCCGCCAUGACUACCUGCGGGAGCUGCCCGCGCUGCCGGGCUUCAGCCGGCUGGUGGCCCGCGGGGCCACGGCGGAGUACCUGACCCCCGACUUCCCCAGCCUGUCCUACCCCAACUACUACUCCCUGAUGACAGGUCGCCACUGUGAUGUCCAUCAGAUGACGGGAAACUACAUGUGGGACCAAGCGUCCAAUAAGGAGUUUCUGAUUGGGACCAAUGCAGACAGUCGGUUACCGCUGUGGUGGAACGGGUCAGAACCGCUCUGGGUCACGCUGCAGAAGCUGGGGAAGAAGGUCUUCAUGUACUACUGGCCCGGCUGCGAGGUGGAGAUUCUGGGAGUUCGUCCAGCAUUCUGUGAGGAAUAUGUGUAUGACCCAACACUCCAGAACCUCACAGAGUCCAUAACCAAGGCCCUCAGCGCCCUGAGGUCCGGACAGGCGGACAUGGCAGCGGUGUACUACGAGAACAUCGAUGUGGAGGGACAUCACUACGGUCCAGACUCUCCUCAGGUCAGAACAGCCGUCAGGAACCUGGACAAGGCCCUGCAGACCCUCAACACCAACCUGCAGGACUCAGGGAUGGAGCAGCAGCUGAACGUGCUGCUGUUCUCCGACCACGGGAUGACCCAGAUCACGUGGAUGGAGAAGGUGGUGGAGCUGGACCGGUACAUCCAGAUGUCGGACCUGGAGAAGAUGAUGGACCGGGGACCGGUGGUCAGCAUGUGGCCCAAAACUAACAAGUACCAGCAGGUGUACGCUGCGUUGUCUCAGGUCCCCAGCGUGCACGUCUACGGCAGAGAGGACGUGCCUGAGCGCUUCCACUACAGAGGAGGGAGGUUUGUGUCUCCGCUGACGCUGGUGGCAGAGCCGGGAUGGUUCAUCAUCGAGAACAAGGCUAAACUCCCGUUCUGGAAGAACAACUCUGGUGAUCCGUCAGGGUGGCAGAACGGUUGGCACGGUUACGACAACGAGUUCAUUGACAUGAGAGGGUUCUUCUUGGCUGCUGGACCAGACUUCAAGAAGAGCUUCCGGGCCGCGCCGAUCCGGACGGUUGACGUCUACAACCUGAUGUGCAGGACGUUGGGCGUGGAGCCGCUGCCCAACAACGGGUCCUGGUCCCGGGUGGAGGGUCUGCUGAACGGAGCCAGCGCUUCAGUCCAGCCAGGGUUCUGUUGGACCUGCUGGACGGGAAUACUGGGAAUACUGGUGUCCGUUUGGGACUAGACAGUUUAGCAACACAUUGUUUAGCAUUUAUUUAGCUCUAAGUAGAAGGGUGAUCAAUGCAGACGUAACUAAAGUUGAGAUAGGAAGGAAAAACCCACGAGACAGACUGGAAACUGUCAGUGUGGAAUGGUUUCUGUGUUUUCAGUAGGAAUCUGAAGACUCAAAGCUUUGCCCAGUCCCACUUCCUGAAAGUGACAAUGGAAAUAAUCAGAAAACUAAACGUUCAUAGAUUCUUACUUUUACUGGAGCAUUGUGAUAAUGCAGACUCAAGUAGGUUCAUUCAGGUCUGUUCAAAAAUGCUUUAUAAAUCCAUGAAGAAAAAGUAAUAACUGAUGAUGUGGAACUCCUGAACAUCUGGAUGAUUUGUUGGUUUCUUAAUUGGUGAAAAACACAGAAACAUGAGUCUGAACUUUUCUAGUCUUUGUUUCUCUGUUUUAGCCUUUAGAUCAUUUCUGCUUUAAGGCUAAUGACUUUGUCAAGAGAAGGCUAUUGAUUGGCUGAUCCUUGUUUUGAGUCAAAUCUUUAAAAUGAACCAUUGUUAUUGUUGUGUUGGAUCAAUAAAACCCUGUAUGGUGCAUUUUUGUAAAAAAAAAAAAGUGAUUUUUAAAUAAAUGUG